UCUAAAUCUAUAAUUGCAUGCAUGCAUAUGAACAGCACGGACACUGGAAAGGUAUGUGCAUGUGGGGAGGGCGACAUUAUUCUACAUCACAUCACACGGCGUUACAUGGCGUCUUUUCCAGCGACGCACUUGCUCGCACUCUCCGUUUGUGACCCAUAGGAUCGAACGUGUUUUGUCUCGCACGCGCUGAUUAGAGUCUGUCAUCAUUGCGGACACAUUGCAAUAUGCAGUGAUGCACUGACGCGAAGGCUAUGGGUUCAGGUGCAUCGUAUCCAAAUAUUGCCUUCAUCGGAGAUUUUUCAGCACCAUUCCGAUAUGCGAAGCGCGUGGGAUGUAAAUAAAAGAAGCGCAUGAUGUGGCUUUCCCUCGAGGAUGAUUGCUGAUGGAGAGACCUAUGGUUUUAAGACUGACAUUCUUCUGGUAGUAAAAAGAAGAGCCUGGAACAUAAUAUAACAACAUAAUCAUUUUACCUACUGGAUAUCAGCGAAUCUGUCAGGCCAGAGUAUGCCAUCUACACCAACUUACAGAAUCCUACGACCCCUCCUGCUUGGUAUCUUUUUAUUGGGAUGCUUUGUGACUCUGUUUUUAAUGUACAUCAAACCAUCUACGAGCUGGUUGUCAGGCCCCGUCGAGUCGGAAACAUCCACAGCCCGAGUCAAAAGCCUCCUUUCCAGCAGAAGUGAUCAGAACCAGACCACCAUCCUGGUCUGGCUUUGGCCUUUUGGAGAAACCUACGACCUGAACGUCUGCAGCUCUUUGUUCAGUAUCGAUGGAUGCUUCAUCACCGCCGACCGAAACCUUUACAACAAAUCCGACGCGGUCGUCAUACAUCACAGGGACAUCACCAGCGACCUCUCCAACAUGCCGCCGGCGUAUCGGCCCACGUUGCAGAGAUGGAUUUGGAUGAACUUCGAGUCACCGUCACAUUCAUCUCAGUUACCUGGAAUUGAAAACUUGUUUAAUAUAACUCUAAACUAUCGGCAGGAUGCCGAUAUAGAAGUGCCUUAUGGAUCGAUUGUCGCAGCCCAAGGAGAGGAGGACUUUGUGCCGCCAAGCAAGAACAAGCUCAUUUGCUGGAUCGUCAGCAAUUGGAACCCAGAUCACGUCAGAGUGAAAUACUACAAUGAAUUGUACAAGCACAUCGAGGUUCAUGCAUACGGACAGGCUUUUGGUGAGUACAUUUCCGACCAGGACUAUUUCCCCACAAUUGCCAGCUGUAAAUUUUAUUUGGCAUUCGAGAACUCGAUUCACAAAGACUACAUCACUGAGAAAUUGUACAACCCACUUUCCGUCGGCACCGUACCUGUGGUGCUCGGGCCACCAAGGGAGAACUAUCAGAACUUCGUGCAGGGAAACGCUUUCAUCCACGUCGACGACUUUCCGUCUCCGAAGGAGCUGGCUGAUUACCUCCUGUUUCUUGACAAAAACGAGGAGCUUUACCUGAAGUACUUUGACUGGCGUAAACACUUUAAGGUGAAAAAGGCAUACUUCUGGGCCGAGCACACGUGUCUGGCCUGCGAUUACGUCAGAAGGCACAAUGAGUACAAGGCAAUUAACAAUCUUGACAAAUGGUAUUGGGGUUAAUCUGCACCUAAACCACUGGACCAGCUUAAUGAAAGUUGCUUGACAAUAAGAGCUUCGUGUAACUUAAUUCAAAUGAGGGUCUGUUGUGAGCAAUUACAGACUUUUAUUUUUGUAAACUGUCCCAAAGUAGUUGUACAUUUACUUCGUGUUCAGUUUCAUGCGUUUAUUAACCUGGAUGCAAAUCAUGCAUUUUAGAGUUUAAUGAGUACAUAUUUAUUAGGAAAGCAGAUUUUGACCAAAAUUCACAAAAUACAUUUGAAUGGAUAGUUCG